AUGCUAGAAGGUCCCCUAAUGGACCUGGUCUCACCUGUGAUCUCUACCGAGACUACUCAAAAGGCCCACUAUGCACCGCCAUGGCAAGACAUGAGUAUCAUCGGCGUCGCUGGCAGCAGCGGCUCUGGCAAAACUUCAUUAGCUGUCGAAAUCGUCAAAUCAUUGAGUCUGCCAUGGGUCAUCAUCAUCUCUAUGGACUCGUUCUACAAAUCACUGACACCGGAGCAAAACGCUCUUGCACAUGCCAACGAGUACGAUCUAGACUCACCAUCUUCUCUCGAUUUCGAUCUUUUAGUGGAGAGAUUGCAAGAAUUGAAACAGGGCAAGCGGGCAAAUAUUCCCACAUAUUCCUUUGAGCAACAUCAGAGGCAAAAGGAGACUGUAUCCAUCUACUCACCACACGUCGUGAUCCUGGAAGGCAUUUUGGCAUUGCAGGAUCCGCGUGUGCUGGAUAUGCUAGAUCUCAAGAUCUUUGUCGAGGCAGACGCGGAUGUUUGCCUUUCCAGAAGAAUUGUUCGUGAUGUGCGCGAUCGAGGUCGAACGAUUGAGGGAACUAUCAAACAAUGGUUCUCAUAUGUCAAGCCAGUAUUUCAGCAAUAUGUCGAGCCGCAGCGCAUCAUCGCCGAUGUCAUCAUCCCCCGAGGCAUGAAGAACAAGAUGGCAAUAACAAUGGUCGUCAAUCAGAUCCGUCAGCUGCUGGAAGAGAAAUCAGCACGCCACAAUGCAGAACUGAUGAGACUUGGCCGGCAGGUCGAAGACGAGCCUUUCUCUGCUCGAAUCGAGUUGAUGGAGCAAAAACCACAAGUCAGAGCGAUGAGUACUAUCCUGCGGAGUCCGACAACAGAGCAGGUGGAUUUCGCCUUCUAUCUGGAUCGCCUCGCAGCUCUGCUGGUGGAAAGGGCGCUCGACAGCCAUCACUUCUUACCUGUGCAUGUGACAACACCUCAGGAGCUGCAAUACAAUGGCUUACGAUCCUCCGGAAAGGUCUCUGCUGUCGCCAUCCUUCGUGGUGGGAGUUGUCUGGAGACGGGGCUCAAACGGACACUACCAGAUUGUCUCACGGGUAGGCUAUUGAUCCAGUCAAACUAUCGCACAGGCGAGCCAGAGCUGCACUUCCUCAAGCUAUUCCCGGACAUCGCCUCGCAUGAGACGGUACUUCUCCUCGACUCUCAGAUGUCGAGUGGAGGUGCUGCUUUGAUGGCUGUCAGAAUACUAGUGGAUCACGGGGUGGAAGAGAGGAAGAUUGUCUUCGUAACAUGUCUGGCAGGACGUAUCGGGGUCAAACGAUUGACGAGCGUCUUCCCGGAGAUUAGUGUUGUUGCGGGAAACGUAGCAGAUGAUCACGAGGAGAGAUGGAUCGAGAAGAGGUAUUUUGGAUGUUGA